CGACUAUGGUGGUUUCGCGUAAGAAGCCGCACUGACACUACUCGGUCUUUUCCAAAGAUCGAAUAAAGCUUCCCUACUAAUCCCAUCUUAUCCUCUUAAUUCAUCUAAUUAAUUACUAAUCUCUCAUUAAGCUGAUAUCUAUAUAUAGAGAGAGAUCUCUCUACUCAGUAACAACUACUCUCUCUCUCUCUCUCUCUCUCUCUCUCUUCCAUGGCAAACCCUAAACUCGGCCGAAUACCGAGCAUGCGCGAGCGGGUAGAGGACACGCUCUCUGCCCAUCGCAACGAGCUGGUUUCCCUUCUCUCCAGGUAUGUUGCUCAAGGCAAGGGCAUUUUACAACCGCAUCAUUUACUAGACGAGCUUUCAAAGGAGAUUACAGAAGAUAAAGGACGGCAGAAGCUCAGCGAUGGGCCUUUCGAUGAAGUUAUCAAAUCGGCGCAGGAAGCUAUAAUUCUGCCUCCUUAUGUUGCUAUUGCUGUUCGUCCAAGGCCUGGAGUGUGGGAAUACGUUCGAGUCAAUGUCUAUGAGCUUAGCGUCGAGCAAUUGAAUGUAUCGGAAUACUUGCAGUUCAAAGAAGAGCUCGUCGAUGGACAGUUUAAGGAUCCAUUCGUUCUUGAGCUGGAUUUUGAACCUUUUAAUGCAUCGGUUCCCCGCCCGACCCAGUCAUCAUCGAUUGGUAAUGGUGUUCAAUUCCUUAACCGUCACCUUUCGUCGAUGCUAUUCCGUAACAAGGACUGUUUGGAGCCUUUGCUUGACUUUCUUCGAGCGCAUAGAUACAAGGGGCAUGUGAUGAUGCUGAAUGAUAGGAUCCAUAGCUUAUCCAGACUUCAAUCUGCUUUGGCAAAGGCAGAGGAAUAUCUGUCUAAGCUCCCGCCUGAUGCACCAUAUUCUGACUUUUCAAAUGUAUUCCAAGAAAUGGGAUUGGAGAAAGGGUGGGGUGAUACAGCUCAAAGUGUGUUGAAGAUGAUACAUCUUCUUUUGGAUAUCCUUCAGGCUCCGGACCCAUCUACUUUGGAGACAUUCCUAGGAAUGCUUCCGAUGGUAUUCAAUGUUGUCAUUGUUUCCCCACAUGGAUACUUUGGCCAAGCUAACGUAUUGGGUCUUCCUGACACUGGUGGGCAGGUUGUUUACAUAUUGGAUCAAGUCCGUGCCUUAGAGAAUGAGAUGCUUUUGAGAAUACAGAAGCAAGGACUGGAUGUUACUCCUAGAAUUCUUGUGGUGACACGGUUACUACCUGAUGCAAAAGGGACGACAUGCAACCAACGCUUGGAAAGAAUCAGUGGAACAAAGCACACCCAUAUUUUACGGGUUCCUUUUAGAACAGAGAAGGGGAUUCUUCGUAAAUGGAUCUCAAGGUUCGAUGUAUGGCCUUAUUUGGAGACCUUCACACAGGAUGUGAUACGUGAAGUUGCGGCUGAGUUACAGGGCACUCCAGAUCUGGUCAUUGGCAACUACAGUGAUGGAAAUCUUGUUGCCUCUUUGUUAGCUUAUAAGCUAGGAAUCACACAGUGCACCAUUGCGCAUGCUUUGGAGAAAACAAAGUAUCCUGAUUCAGAUAUAUAUUGGAGGAAAUUUGAGGACAAAUACCACUUUUCUUGUCAAUUUACUGCUGAUGUAUUGGCCAUGAACAAUGCGGAUUUUAUAAUCACCAGCACGUACCAGGAGAUUGCCGGAAGCAAAAAUACUGUUGGCCAAUAUGAGAGCCACACUGCUUUCACUCUUCCUGGUCUAUACCGAGUUGUUCAUGGAAUUGAUGUUUUCGAUCCCAAGUUCAAUAUUGUCUCCCCUGGAGCAGAUAUGGACAUUUACUUUCCAUACAGUGAAAAAGAAAGAAGGCUUACUUCCCUUCAUGGUUCAAUUGAGAAGCUGUUGUACGACGAAGAGCAGAACGAUGUACAUGUUGGUAGGUUGAGUGACCGGUCCAAGCCCAUAAUCUUCUCUAUGGCAAGGCUUGACCAGGUGAAAAACAUAACAGGACUAGUUGAGUUGUUUGGUAAGAGCACUAAACUAAGGGAGCUGGUAAACCUUGUCGUGGUUGCUGGUUACAUUGAUGUGAAGAAGUCUGGAGACAGAGAAGAGAUAGAAGAGAUUGAGAAGAUGCACAAGCUCAUGAAGGAGUACAAUCUGGAUGGGCAGUUCCGAUGGAUAUCUUGUCAAAUGAACAGGGCCCGCAACGGUGAGCUCUAUCGCUACAUUGCAGAUACAAGAGGUGCUUUUGUACAGCCUGCUUUUUAUGAGGCAUUUGGCCUUACAGUUGUUGAGGCCAUGACUUGCGGUCUUCCAACCUUUGCCACUUGUCAUGGAGGUCCCGCAGAGAUUAUUGAACAUGGUAUAUCGGGGUUCCAUAUAGAUCCAUAUCAUCCUGAUCAGGCGGCUGAAAUUUUGGCCGAUUUCUUUGCACAAUCUAAGAAAGAUCCGAGCUACUGGGAUAAGAUCUCUAAUGCAGGGUUGCAACGAAUCUAUGAAAGGUAUACAUGGAAGAUUUAUUCCGACCGGUUAAUGACAUUGGCGGGGGUUUACAGCUUCUGGAAGUACGUGUCUAAACUUGAAAGGCGUGAGACACGACGAUAUCUUGAAAUGUUCUACAUCCUAAAGUUCCGAGAACUGAUGAAAUCUGUCCCACUUGCACUCGACGAUUAGCAUUAAUCCAUGGCGUUCUAGGAGCUGAUGUACACUGAUGGUUAGUUGGUAUCUGUUUGGUUAUGUUAGAAGAUUGAAUAAAAGCAUUUUCGUGGAUGGAGAAGCAUAUCAAAAUCACUGCUAGUUUUCUGGACGUGGAAGUAUCAGAGAGUAAGAAAACUAUGUAUAUAUAUUAUGACAGUAGAUUGUUUUGAGGCUGCUUAUAUGCAGCCAGUCUUUUUCUCUUUCCAGCUUUCUGCAUCCUACAAUGUUUGUAGGGAGCUACUAUCUACACCCUCUCCUACUGAGAAGUGCACUUGUCAUUCUAUUUUUUGGUAAUACAAUAUUACAUUCCCAAAUGUAGAAAUGUGGAUGUAUUUAUCAAUCUGAGUGGAUGCCGGUAAGAAUUCCCUUUUUCUACUGGUUUAGUAA